GUGUGCGCGCUCUGUACCCACAGCGCCGGAGGAGCCGUGCCGACCGCUCGAGACGGAUUUUACGCAGCGCGCUACUGGGAGCCCCAGCGCCCGUACCCUCCGGGCUCACACUCGUCUGGCGGACGAAUCCCGAGGACCGCACGCGUCGCCAGGGACCCGCAUCCUCCAUCGCGCGAGGAUUUAACGGUCUCCAUGGAAACGAGAAGAGCGCAGAGCGGCGGGAUAUAAUAGUUACUCAGAUUCAUAAUAAUAUUAAUCACAACAACAACAGCGAACAAGAAGAGGAAGAAGACGCAAACUCAUGCAUGCGGAUUUAACCACUCCGCGUCUCAAGGAGCCCAUUCGUAUUUCCCGCGCAAAGAUUUCGGAUUUCCCUGUCCCGUAAAAAACACCAAGAAAGUAGUCCCCCGGGCAAAGUGAGCUUGGCCCUUUUCGCACCGAAGUUGCCAACCCGUUCCGGGUUUCGCGGAACGCAACGGCCCGUCCGGGCAUCGACAUCAUCAGUGGACUAUUUAACAAACAAACAAAACUUAUUCUGCUGGCAAAAAAUGAAUUCGCGUGCCGAGGGUUUGUUCAUCGAUAUCUCGGCACGAGCUUUGAUUUAAAGAGACAGAGAGGCUAAGAAGAGCCGGCUCGAGACGUAGGUUCGGUGGGGAGGGGUCCUUUUUAAUUUUUGGUCAUCGACAAUAGGGGAAAAGGGUGGCAACUGCACGGAGCCAAUUUGUGUUUGAAGAGUUCUCGUUCUCAGCGCGUCUGCUGCGUUACUCUUUAGAAUCUCGUGUGUGGUGUGUGUGUGUGGUGUGUGUGUGUGGUGUGUAUGUGGUGUGUGUGUGUGGUGUGUGUGUGUGGUUUUGAACAACGAAAAAACAAACCCCGACAACAUUUGCCCGUGAAUAAUUUCUCAACGAUGUAAUCAAAGGCGUGCAAAUGCUCCAGCUAGAUUGUAUUACAAGCACGAAACACACGCAUGUGUGUAUAUAUAUAUACCGAGUUAAAUUCCCUUCCGGCGGUCUAUCAACGUCGGCGUCGAGAGACACGUGGAUCAGUUCCGGGUAGACCCACAACCCCAAAUGCUUCCAUCACAAACCCGCACUGACCGGCGCGGUGAAGUAUGCCCAAAUCAUCCCCCGUGAUGAACACAGCGUGGGGAAACCUCGAUCCAUCAGUUCAUUGGGACAUCACUGUGAUUUAUUUUUGUUCAAACUAUUAGUAUUACUUUAUUCAAUAAACCUCAAAUAUAUUCACGUGCACCUCUUCUAAGGCGCAUGAAUCGGCCAGAUCGCCGUCUAGAGCAGUGCUGCUUCUUCUUCUUCUUAACCACGUUGCAUCCCCUCGGAUUGCGAGAUCCCCUUUCUGGGGGUGCGAGACACGGCCGGAUUUUUUUUUGAAGCUGAAUCAUCGCAACACAAAUUCAGCCACGGGCACUUGAAGUAACCACGUGCUUUCUUUCACCAAACCGCCCGAUGUGUUUAUUAAAAUUGUAAAAAAAAAUUGUAACACGAUUGAGAACCAAAGUGGUCCAAGGCUGCAGUAAAAGGGUAAAAACCCACUUCUCUAGAAGGACUCGCUCGAGCUCCUAGCGGUGGUUACAUCCCUUCAGCUCAGCAGCUGUCAACUGCAGGGAUGCACCUUUAACCCCUCCCCCCCAUCUACGCGAACCACAUUGGGUGGUGGCUCUGAUCGUUGGCGUUGCGCUGUCCACGUCGGCGAGGAAGAUGAGUCACUGGCUUGUUGAAUAUUUACCAUAAUCUCUCACCUCUCGAUCCCACUCUGGCUGACUCCAAAUAAGAUGGAUUUGAAAUUGUAAAACCCACCAUCACCUUAACCACCUUUCGCCGCCACCUUCACCUUCAAGACAAAGAUCCCCCGUACAGUCUUUACCAGACUGUAGGGGCAAGUGCUGUUUGCGAGCACCUAUGAAGGCCGGGGCAGUGCACGAGAGGGUGGGUGGCCAGCACCACGCCCGACCGCCACUGCCUCCCCAGUAGAGCGAUGUUUACGCACCACACCAGUUUACUUAUUUGAGACUGAGUCGACCUAGGGGAAGGCCCUACACCGGUUCAGAUAAUCUCCACCGGUGUUGGUGACCGUGAGCGGGAAUCGAACUCGUGUCGCCGGGUUCGUAACCCCCCACCACUCCAAAAGCCAAAGAUCCCCCGUAUAGCCUCUAACACACUGUUGGGGACAAGUGCGGUGAGCGAGCAGGUUCCAUCAUCACCAUCAUCACCAUCACCACCAUCACCACCACCACCAUCAUCACCAUCAUCACCAUCACCACCAUCACCACCACCACCACCAUCAUUAUCAUCACCACCAUCACCAUCAUCACCACCAUCACCACCAUCACCAUCACCACCACCACCAUCAUCAUCAUCACCACCAUCACCAUCAUCACCACCAUCACCAUCACCACCAUCACCACCAUCAUCAUCAUCACCACCAUCACCACCAUCACCACCAUGCCAACGAUGCACCGCCCGCAAACCACGGCGGCAGUGAGGCCCCUCUCGCCAACCGCGAACCGCGAAUCGCUCAACUCGAGCGCGUCUCCGUGACGCUCGUCUAGGUGGACUCCGACGGGAGUGAACGCCAGCGACUCGACCGCCGGCGACGUUUUAGGGGGACGUUGGAGGGAGCCGAGGUGUGGCGGGGAUUCUGAUCGGAUUACAUCGCCCGCGGCAGCAGUAGCAGCAGUCGUGUGCGCCCUGGUUUAUUUUUUGUUAUUUUUAUUCUUUGUUUGUUUGUUGUUGUUGUUGUCCUCGACACGGUGGCGACUGGAUUCGGUUCAAGUCACCUGUGAGCCAGGAAGCUCUUGCAUUGCGACAAGUCGCAGCAAAAUAAAUCAAAUUAAUACACAAUAACAUAAAUGAAAAAAAUAGCUUGCAAAUUAUAAUGGCAAUAUCGAUAUUAUAUUUUUUCUUUAUGAAAUACAAAUUAUGUUAAAUGUAGAUUACAUCAAAUUCCACGCUGGGUUUGCGGAGACAAGCUGGGAAGCAACCCACGCACUUGCUCGCGCAUUUCGUGAUAUAUGUGUAGGUCCGCAGAGCUUGGGCAAUUCGUUGGUGGCGACAGCUUCUGGCGGCCCUCCCGCUGCGCACCCGUCGAGGGCUGAGCGCGGCGGCGUUCCAAGUUGACGCGAUUUUGUCGACGUUUCAUUUCAACUCCCCCCCUACCGCCACCACCACCACCACCACCCACCCACCCAGUCACCCCUCCCCGACUCCACCACAUAUUCUCCGCGGGUAUCUCAGCGGAGACGGACGGUCGGUGGAACAUUCGACAAGUCGCAGCCACAGCCGCCGGCAGCGACGGGAGGCAUACUGGAAGUGGUGUGCCGGGCGUGGAAAUAUUUGCCUUUUUUUUGGGGGGGGGGUGGUUGGGUGGGGGGGGAGGUGAUGUGUCAUUGACGUGAAGGCACCCGGGCUGACAAUCAGUCGUGUCUCUGCUCGCCUCUCCACCAGCGUGCAUCGCAUCACACGGGAAUUUCAAACAUAGUAAACAAACAACAAGAAACACGCAGCUUCAGAAACAACGUCCACCCCCUCCUUCCCCCCGCCACCGGAGACCGGGCAUCUCUGAAAGCCGCAAAAAGACUCGGACGCGAGAAACUCCCCGCCCAUGUCUCCUCCUUGGAGCUCCGCCAGACGGAUGAACGAUUACCCACGCAGCUAUAACAACAAUAAUAAUUAUUAAAACAAAACACCGCUCAGUAUGUCUUUUCCCGGAACGCCAAUUACCGCGGCGAGGCGAGACGCCGACUGGAUCAUCUCCGCACCAUCAUCGCCAUCGUCGAUGUCAUCCGCGGUGUCCACCGGCUCUCAAGGCGAUGUCCUGGCCACGAUGACCAGCGGCCUGGGGAGGUUCGACCUCCUCUUCGCCACCGCCACCACCACCACCAGCGAGCACGUGGGCCUGUGGGGCAGCGCUGUGGAGGUUGUUGUCAACCACAGCGCGGGCCUCCACAACUUGAGCGGGCAGCAGCAGCAGCAUCACCCGCAGCACCACCUUGGUCUCUUGGCUGCUGACAACAGCAGCGGCGGCAACGUGGUGAGAGGGAACGCCGCGGGUGGAGGAGUCGUCGGAGCGGACGCGUUCCUGUGGCACGCUCUGCCGAUGCUCGCCGUGAUCGCGUGGACCAUCGGAGGGAACAUUCUCGUCAUCUUGGCGGUGGGGCUCGAGAGGAAACUUCAAAACGUCACCAACUACUUCCUCAUGUCGCUGGCCAUCGCCGAUCUCCUCGUCGGCGUCCUCGUGAUGCCCAUCGCACUGCUCACGAUCCUCUUCAACUCCCGCUGGUGUCUGCCUGAGCAGCUGUGCCCCAUCUGGCUCUACCUGGACGUCCUCCUGUCCACCGCGUCGAUCUUGCACCUGUGCGCCAUCUCCAUCGACCGCUACAUCGCCAUCAAACGGCCCAUCCAGCACAGUCGCUUCAACUCCAAGUCCAAGAUGCUCAUCAAGAUCCUGGCUGUCUGGGCCGUGUCCAUCGGCAUCUCGAUGCCGAUCGCCGUGAUCGGCCUGCGCGACUCGAGCACCGUGCUCGUGGCCAGCACGUGCUCCCUGGGCAUCGACGCCUUCCGCACCUUCAUCAUCUACGGCUCCCUGUGCGCCUUCUUCGUGCCGCUCGUCAUCAUGAUGGUCACCUUCCUGCUCACGACGCGCGUGCUGCGUCACAAGGCGAUGCUCUGCGACGCGGGCGUCUCGCGCGCCUCCAUCUCGGGCACCGGCUGCGGUGGUGGCGGUGGUGGCGGUGGAGGAGGAGGUGGACGCAACUUGCCCUGGGGCUGCCGUGUCGGCGGCGGCGGCUCCGUGCGAUUCCGCCGAUGGCACACGACGCGCGCGCGUCCCUGCGACAAGCCUGGCAGCAUCGGCGGCGGCAUCGGCGGCAUCGGCGGCAGCCCGUGGCGCGGCAUGGAGCGGCGCUCGGCCUCCACGCAGACGAGGGUAGCGUCCGCGGCGGGUCGGGCAGCGUCGGCAGCGGCGCAGCAUCGCGGCGGGGCCCCGGCCCUAUCGCGGCAGCGUGCGCGCAUGCGACGCAACGCGGCGGGCAAGCAGUCGAUGGCGAGCAUCACCAACGAGCAGCGCGCCACCAAGGUGCUGGGCAUAGUCUUUGUGCUGUUCGUGGUCAUGUGGUGCCCGUUCUUCAUCACCAACGUGCUCUCCGUGCUGUGUCGGCGCGGGUGCAGCGCGCAGCUCACCGAGACGCUGCUCGGCGUCUUCGUGUGGGUCGGCUACGUCUCUUCGGGUGUCAACCCGCUCGUCUACACGCUCUUUAACCGCGCCUUCCGGCAGGCGUUCCGACGCUACAUCGCGUGCGACUACCGGCGCCCGCGGGCCGAGUGCUCGGCGCGGAGCGUGCUGCUGCUGCACUGCUGCGAAGGUGGAAGCGGCGGUGCCAACGCAAGCAGCGGGCGCAGCGGCGGUGGUGGUGGUGGCGGCAGCCACAGGUUCCCGGCCAAUCAGCUGCUGGGCUGCUCCCACUUGUCACUCACGAACGGAGUCAAGGUGCGUUGUGGUGGCGGUGGCGGUGAGUCGCCGCUGCGGCCAAUCGGCGGCGUGCGGAGUUUGAGGGAGCGCAGGGAUAUGAGUCCUCUCAAGUGCGCGCUGAGCCACAUGUCCGAGGUGUGAUGGAUGCUCGAUGGACACCACGUGACCCCCGUGGGUGGGGGGGAGACGAACGGAGUGACCCACGAGGAACGAGCGGAGUGAGCCACGGGAGAGACACGAGUGGACGUGGUGGCGCAGACGUGAGCCUGUGAGCUUGUGAGCCUCAUUUGCCAACGCGCCCCCCGCGACUCUGGUUACAAUGGCAUCAAGUGGUCACGAAGGCCGGCCCCUGCGAAACGUCGUCGGGAGAUGGAGCGACGAGGCGAGAUCGUGGCAGCUGCCUGCUGGGUGGAUCGUCGCGUGCAGAGAUUGUCAGCGGCGACUUUGGGGAAGCGUCCAUCCAGCAGUGGAUCACAGUCUUCGGUGGUGGUGAUGGUGAUGCAAGCAUCUCAUCCGUACCAGAGGAGAACUAUUGCCGACCUGCCAAAACGAUGCGCGCUCAGCCCACGUGUUGUUCACAUUCAGGGAGUUCGGAGCGCAUCCAGUCGGAGUGCGAACACAAAGCGUCGCGUCCGGUCACGUGCCGCGAACGCGCACGCGCGCGCGUCACGUGCG